AUGGAUACUAUCAAUUUCAAUCCCUUUGACGAUACAGCCGCCGCUGCUAGUCCCACUUCGGCGGCCGCUACCCAAGCACCGACCUCCGCUGCGGCAACGACCCGGCCGGAACCGUCGCCAUCCCCCUCGGCGGCCCCUACCUCGAGCGCUGCUCCUCCCCUUUCAUCAUCUGCGGCUCCGACUACUGAGCGCCCGCCUGCUUCUUCUUCGGCCGCGCCAACAUCGUCCUCGGCCGCACCGGAAUCUUCCAGCCAGCCUGCAUCCUCCUCCCAACAGGAGCAAAGCUCGCAGCAACAGCAGUCGAGUAGCGCCCCUGCCUCCUCGGCAUCAACCCCUGCUUCCUCCUCUGCCGCCGCUACUACCCCUCCCUCCUCAUCCCAAGCCGCAUCAUCCGCGGCGGCAUCUUCCAAUGCCGCCUCCCAGUCCAUCGCGUCAGACAUCACCCUCUCCUCGGCUGUGGUCAUCACUAGCACAGAUGCCUCGGGAUCGGUUAUCACUACCCGCCCCGCCCUCAUUACCACCGCCCGCGUCACAACUGAUCAAAACGGACAGGUCUUGACGGUCACUCAGAUCGUCCGGAACCCCGGAGUCACCGACAACAGCAGCGGGAACGGCUCGCAACCCAGCUUCAUCAACAACACGGGCGCAGUCGCGGGUGUAUUCGUCACGGUCGGUCUUCUCGUCACUGCCGGUGUUUUGGCGUUCGUCCUCUUCAUGCUCAGGCGGCGGAGGAGGCAGCGUCUGGACCGGGACGUCGCUGCUGCGGCAGCUGCAGCGGCUGCCAACUCGUUGCACCGGUCGGCAUUUGACGACGACGACGUCUCGCCCGCCAUGACGCAGUACGGCGGCUACUAUGCGGCGACCACACCGGGGACGGACCUGCACGGCGAGCCACAGCCAGCGGGCCAGUACCAUGACUAUGUGGACCCCACAGGCGGAUACGAUCACUACGCGUCCAACAUGCCGGGUGCCGACCGGAUGUCCACCGCUGGUCCGGGUCUCGCUGGAUUCGGAGCGACGGCCGCGGCCAACCAGUACGACCACUAUGACCCCAAUGCUUACGGCGCCCAGCCCGAGCAAUUCCAUACCCUCCCCAGCCCCACCGACCAUACUUCCAUGCAACACCAGCAGCCACAGCCCGGCCCGUACUAUUUCGACCCCAACCAGGCGUACAACUACACGGCGGACCAGGAGGACCCGUAUGCGGGGUACGACGAGCACCCGCAGCAGCCCACCCGACCCCGCUCUGGUAGCGAGGGGAGCGUGGCGCGGCCAACGGAGGAUAGGAAGGGGCUGAAGAUUACGAACGUCUAG